UUCCAUUGGAUGGCUCUACCUUCCUCAGAAAUCCCAUAAUUUGGCGAUUAUUUGCGAUUUUUCUCUCUCUCUUUCUUUCUUCAUAUAAUUCUACGUUGGAGUAAGAUUGUUGUAUUUUUCUAUCCGAUUAAUUUAUUAUAAACAAUGGCUAGUGCUGUAGCAAAAAUCUCUCGAUCUGUGUUGAAAAGCUCUUCGGGAAGCAUCAAAAAGUCUAGAUCAAUUGUCAGCACAUUACAAGAUCGCAAUUAUGGCACUGAUCGCCGUAUCACAGUGGACAAGCCCGUUGUGGAGUUGGAUGGUGAUGAAAUGACCAGAGUGAUCUGGGAGAAGAUCAAAGAAAAACUCAUCUUUCCAUACCUGAAGAUUGAAUGUCUAUACUAUGAUCUUGGUCUGCCUUACAGAGACCAAACAAAUGAUCAAGUCACUUUAGAUGCUGCCAUGGCCAUCAAGAAGCACAAUGUUGGUAUCAAGUGUGCAACAAUUACUCCUGAUGAAGCUAGAGUUGAAGAAUUUAAAUUGAAGAAAAUGUGGCCUAGUCCAAAUGGUACUGUUAGGAAUAUCCUGGGAGGUACUGUGUUCAGAGAACCAAUUAUUUGUAAAUCUAUUCCACGUUUAGUACCUGGAUGGACCAAAGCAAUUGUGAUCGGAAGACAUGCCCAUGGCGACCAGUACAAAUGCACAGACUUUGUUGUUGAAAAACCUGGCCGAGUUGAACUUCUAUACACACCCCAUGACGGUAGUGAGGCAAGAAAAAUAGAAGUGUUCAAUUUCCAGCAAACAGGAGGUGUUGUAAUGGGAAUGUAUAACACAGAUGACUCCAUCAAGGGUUUUGCCAAAAGCUGCUUCGAAUAUGCUGUAAUGAAAAAAUGGCCACUCUAUCUCAGUACCAAAAAUACAAUUCUCAAGAGCUAUGAUGGAAGGUUCAAAGAUAUUUUCCAAGAAAUUUAUGACAGGGAUUACAAAAGUAAAUUUGAAUCCCUUGGCAUCUGGUAUGAACAUCGUCUUAUUGAUGAUAUGGUUGCUCAAGCUCUAAAAUCCUCUGGAGGAUUUGUAUGGGCAUGCAAAAAUUACGAUGGAGAUGUACAAUCUGAUGUUGUUGCUCAAGGUUAUGGCUCAUUAGGUUUGAUGACCAGUGUUCUAGUGUGCCCAGAUGGUAAAACAAUUGAAUCUGAAGCUGCUCAUGGUACUGUAACAAGGCAUUACAGGGAACAUCAAAAGGGUAACCCUACAAGUACAAAUCCUAUUGCUAGUAUAUUUGCAUGGACUAGAGGUUUAGAACACAGAGCAAAGCUGGAUGGCAAUCAAGAUUUAAAAAAGUUUUGCAAGGUCCUUGAAAAAGCUUGUGUAGACACUGUUGAUGCUGGUAAAAUGACAAAAGAUUUAGCUGGUUGUAUUCAUGGCCUGAAAAAUGUGAAAGAAUCUGACUAUUUGUAUACCAUGGAUUUCUUAGAAGCUAUUGCCCAAGAAUUGGAGAAGCAGCUAAAACUAUGAAGUUAACUCAAUAAAUAAAUGUCAGUUUUCACGAAAUGAGCUGGGAGCAAAGAAUAAAUUUGCACUAAUCUAAUGAAUAAUCAGUUGCACUGAAUAAAUAGAACAGAUCACUUAAUUCAAAUCA